AUGGCUAGAUCUCUGAGAGCUCUGGAGAGAGAAGUGGUGGAGCUGCAGGGAUUGGCAGACUCCACAGGAGAGCCAGAACAUCUGCUUCAGGAGUCCGCCGACAUCCGUCAGUGUGCUGUGGAGUUCUACAAAGAGCUCUACAGAACAGAGUUCCAGGCCGAGCCAGAGGUGGCGCAGUCGUUCUACGAGGGCCUUCCUAACGUCCCUGAGGAGGACCAUGCUGAGCUGGAGGCGGAGCUCUCUGCCCAGGAGCUGCAGGAGGCUCUGCAGAGCAUGCAGAGCAUGCAGAGUGGGAAGGCUCCUGGCAUAGACGGCCUGCCUGCAGACUUCUAUAAGGCUCUCUGGCCAGUUAUAGAUAAGCUGUUUCAGCCCAACAUCUCUGUGUCCUCCUCCAUGUACGGGGUCUCCGGGGCCCAGCAGCAGGGGUUCCAGGUGUUCAGAGGCUCCACCUUCAGCAUCAGUUGCUCCAUCCAGCCUCAGUACCCAGGAGGCUCCUUCCUGCUCAGCUCCUCCACUCACAACUACACCCAGCCAGCUGUCAAUCACUCUGCCCACUUCCUGUUCCCGGCUGCAGAGCCCGCCCACCAGGGAAACUACAGCUGUGUUUAUCACGUCUCUGCUUCUCCUCAGGACUCCUCCUCUGAGAGCCGUCUGCUCUCCGUCACCGUCACAGGUGUUCCAUCAGAUCCAGAACCUUUUAUCAUCCGAGCCGUCGUCCUGCUGCUGACUCAGCUGCUGGUGCUGCUGGUGACCAUCGGACUUACUUUACUUACGGAAACAUUGUGUGCCACCAGGGGGCGGAGGCUGAGCCGACAGGAGGACAUUGAGCUGGAUUAUGAUGACCUGGGUGUUCCUGCUGAAGAGGAAGGAGCUCAGGGAGCAGAGUAG